AUGCCGAGAAAAUUCAACGAAGAGGAUACUUUGAAAUUCGUACAACUUUAUAGAGAGCACGAAUGCUUGUGGGAUAAGCGUUGCGAUGCAUACAAAAAUAAAGAAAUGCGCGCUUCGGCACUAGAACAACUUCGUGUAGGAAUGAAUAUAGAAGAACUGACUCUCGAUGAAGUUAAAUCAAAAAUCAAAAGUAUUCGAAAUACCUACUACUUGGAACUCGACAAAAUCGAAAAAUCUACAAGAUCUGGCGCUGGGGGGAGCGUUUAUAAGCCAAAGGCAUGGUUUGAUGAAUAUGAUUCGUUUGUAAAGCCGGUUUCUAUGAGGAGAAAAACCAUAGAUAACAUGGAUACCCCAAAUAGCAAUGAAUCAGGAUUAUCGAAUAGCAAUAAACCAGGACCAUCGUUGGUGCCACGCUCUGAAAAUGGGUUAGAAAAUGAGUCUACAGAAGAGACACCUCGAUUUACCCCACCCACAAAACCUAAGCGGAGCAAGUUAUCACAGAUAUCUAACAUGAUAAAUGACUUAAGGGAAAUUAACGACAACACACGCUACGAAGAAACAGAUCUUGACCUAUAA